AUGACUACGUUCGCAACGCGAUUAUGUGGCUAUUCUGUAGUUGGAGAUACGUACAAGACAGCAUUAGAUGUUUACAACUGGGUCAAGAAAAAAGAGUCUGUAGGCCCAAUUAUCCAAACAGCUGAAAAUAAAGCUAUCUCUGUGAUUAAACCAAUCGUUGAGAGCGGAAUUGUCCAAAAGAUCGAUGAUAUAGCUUGUCAACAUGUGUUGGAUCGUGCUGAAGCAGCGUGCACACAGAUUAAGAACACUUCAAAUGAAUGUAUUAUUCUACCCACUGCCAGCUGCGCCCUAAAUAUUGCGGAAGCUUGUGCUAAUCUAUAUCUUCCGAAAGAUGAUGACCCAAAGUUUUCUGUAGGAGGUGAUGCCACACCAACAGAACGACUCGUACGUCUACAACAUAGGGCAUCAAUACAUGCUGUUACAUUAAUUCAUUCGACAGUUGAUCGUGCUAAUUCACUUCUAUCCACUCUUGCUACAUACGGAAGUAACCUAAAUCAAACAGUUUCAAAGGCUACCAUUAAGAAUACCUUUUCACAAGCUAUUGCUUUGUAUGAACUAGCUUACUCUACUGCUAAGGCUGUAAGUCUUCCUAUAGUCGCACGUUGUAUCAAUGUUAUUCUCGAGAAUGUUCGAAAACUUGAGGACCAAAUUAAAGAGUCAAAAGGAAUAAACUGGAUGGAUUUGAAAAGACUAGUGACGCUCCUUGAAAAUAUGAAGGAACGUUUUGAUGUACAAGAACAAGUUACAGAAAUCGAACUCGAACCAAUCCCUGAGAAGCCGUCGUUCUCUCUCAUUUCUGGUGAUAAAGAUGAAUCCAAUACAAGUGUGAACAGUUCAUAA